AACCAUUAAAACUAAUGUAUGCAUUUAUAUAGCUGACCUUAAUCUUUUAGAAUUAAAAAUUUGACUUUAUCAUCCAACUGUCAAAAUCCAAACUUGAAAAUCUCAUAUGUCCUAUACAAUUCCAAACUUAUUCUAGGGGUUAAAUUUUGAUAGUGUAAUAAAACUAAUGAACCCCAAAAAUCUCACAUAUAUUCAUAUUUCAUACAAGUAACAACAUCAAAUUAAAAGUGUGGCACACACUCCAUGAUUGAUACAAUAUCUUUAUCACAAACAAAAACAUGACACUUGGACUCCAACAAAGCAAGAACAAGUAAGCCAAAACUAACCAAUUAAAUAAGAUCUCUUAUCUUGUAUACCCUAUCUCUUUAUCCUACACAAACACCCCAAAUGAAAGCCAAGCCACCAAAUUAACUGUCAUAUUUCUCUCCCUUAUGUAACACUUUGUUGUACAACAUACAGAAGGGUAAGAGAAACAGAGAGACAAACCAAUAUGGCAGCUUCAUUACAAGCUUCAACAACCUUCUUACAACCCACAAAAGUAGGAAUAAGAAAUGGGCUUACACUAAGGUCAAACCCAAAUGUAUGUAAGGCUUUUGGGGUUGAACCAGCUGCUGGUAGACUCUCUCUUUCUCUGCAGUCUGAUCUUAAGGACUUGGCUAAUAAGUGUGUUGAUGCCACUAAAAUUGCCGGUCUCGUUCUCGCUACCUCCGCCCUCAUCACUUCUGGGGCUAAUGCAGAGGGAGUGCCAAAGAGACUAACUUUCGACGAAAUCCAAAGCAAGACAUACAUGGAAGUCAAAGGAACAGGAACAGCUAACCAAUGUCCAACCAUUGACGGAGGAUUAGAUUCAUUUGGUUUCAAGGAAGGCAAAUACAACGCCAAGAAAUUCUGCCUUGAACCAACAAAAUUCACAGUUAAAGCUGAAAGUAUCAGCAAAAACGCCCCACCAGAAUUCCAAGACACCAAGCUAAUGACCCGUUUAACCUACACACUCGACGAAAUCGAAGGCCCAUUCGAGGUAUCCUCCGAUGGCACAGUCAAAUUCGAAGAGAAAGAUGGGAUUGAUUAUGCAGCUGUUACUGUCCAACUCCCGGGUGGUGAACGUGUGCCUUUCCUAUUUACGAUUAAACAACUCGUAGCAUCAGGUAAACCCGAUGGGUUUACUGGCGAGUUUUUGGUACCCUCUUACCGCGGAUCCUCCUUCUUAGACCCGAAAGGAAGAGGAGGAUCCACUGGGUAUGAUAAUGCUGUGGCAUUACCAGCAGGAGGAAGAGGGGAUGAAGAAGAACUUCAGAAGGAAAAUAUAAAGAAUGCAGCAUCUUCAAAGGGUACUAUUACUUUAAGUGUUACUAAAAGUAAGCCUGAAACUGGUGAAGUUAUUGGUGUUUUUCAGAGUUUGCAGCCAUCUGAUACUGAUUUGGGUGCUAAAGCUCCUAAAGAUGUUAAGAUUGAAGGAGUCUGGUAUGCCCAACUUGAGUAAUUGAAGGUUUUUUUUAUAUAUUUUUUUAUGUAUGAAAUCAGAAAUAUGCUCAUUAUUGAGCUUUUUUUUGUUGUAAUUUUUAAGGGAUUUCUGAAACUCUAAGAGAAAAUUUAUAAAUAAUCUUUACCUUGAUUGUA